AUGGCCCUCCGUCUGAGAUGCUCUGGCCGCCGGGCCUUGAGCUCCAUCAAGCCGCUCGUCGCCGCCAACAGCCCCCUCGGCACCGGCCGCAGCAGCUACUCGACGGCCGAGCCGGAUCUCAAGGCAACGCUCCGCGACGUCAUCCCGGCCAAGCGCGAGCUGUUGAAAAGGGUCAAGGCCCACGCCGACAAGACAAUCGGCGAGGUCAAGGUCGAAAACACGCUCGGCGGCAUGCGCGGCCUCAAGGCCAUGGUCUGGGAGGGCUCUGUCCUCGACGCAAACGAGGGCAUCCGCUUCCACGGCCGCACCAUCAAGGACUGCCAGCGCGAGCUGCCAAAGGGCACCUCGGGCACGGAGAUGCUGCCCGAGGCCAUGUUCUGGCUCCUGCUCACCGGCCGCGUCCCCUCCGUCUCCCAGGUCCGCGGGCUGUCGCGCGAGUUGGCCGAAAAGGCCGCCAUUCCGCCCUUUGUCGCAAAGAUGCUCGACGACUUCCCCCGCGACCUGCACCCCAUGACGCAGUUUGCCAUGGCCGUCUCGGCCCUGAGCUACGAGUCCAAGUUUGCGCGUGCCUACGAGCGCGGCCUCAACAAGGCCGACUACUGGGAGCCCACCUUUGACGACUGCAUCUCCCUCCUUGCCAAGCUGCCCACCAUUGCCGCAAAGAUUUACCAAAACGCUUACCGCGGCGGCGGCGCCCUGCCUGCCGAGGUCGAUCCCGCCCAGGACUGGUCCUACAACUUCGCCGCCAUGCUCGGCAAAGGCGGCCGCGAAAACGAAAACUUCCAGGACCUCCUCCGCCUCUACCUCGCCCUCCAUGGCGACCACGAGGGCGGCAACGUCUCUGCACACGCCACUCACCUCGUCGGCAGCGCCCUGAGCGACCCUUUCCUCUCCUACAGCGCCGGCCUUCAGGGUCUCGCCGGGCCGCUGCACGGCCUCGCCGCCCAAGAGGUCCUCCGCUGGAUCAUCCAGAUGAAGGAAAAUAUCCCCGACAAGUACACCGAGCAGGACAUCCACGACUACCUGUGGUCGACGCUCAACUCGGGCCGCGUCGUCCCCGGCUACGGCCACGCCGUCCUGCGCAAGCCCGACCCGCGCUUCGAGGCCCUCAUGGACUACGCCGCCGCCCGGCCCGAGAUUGCCAACGACCCCGUCUUCCAGCUCGUCGAGAAGAACAGCCGCAUCGCGCCCGAGGUGCUCAAGAAGCACGGCAAGACAAAGAACCCCUACCCCAACGUCGACUCCUCAUCGGGCGUUCUCUUCCACCACUACGGCUUUACUGAGACCCUCUACUACACGGCCACCUUUGGAGUUUCGCGCGGCCUCGGGCCACUCGCUCAGCUCGUCUGGGACCGCGCCCUAGGCCUGCCCAUUGAGCGGCCCAAGAGCAUCAACCUCGCCGGCCUCCUCAAGCAGGUCGAGGGCCGGUAA